CAACCCUGAUCAUGACAUAUCAUUUGUUGUGUUUUUAUAACCUAAAUGCACGUGCAAAUACGGAAUUUAAUGAAUUAUUGUUAAUUAAAAAUGGUAAAAAUGAAACAAUUAGAAGUAGAAGAGGUAUGUCCAAAGCGAAAAUUUUACCCCAUGGUUGUGAAUUUUCAAAAUGCUUACAUCACUGACGAGUAUCAAGGAAGCAAUUGUGAGAUCUUUGUUAAUCAAGAAAAUAAUAAAAAUACUGUUGUAACUGAACUAGAUAAUAUGGUGUACACUGGAGAUGAAGAAGAAGAAGAAGACGUGGGACAAGUAUUAUUACUCGCAAGAGACAAAAACACUGGAAAAGUUCGAAUUUUUGAGUCAAGUCAUCUAAACUUAAAACCAGUUAUCAGAAACAAUUUGGACACCUCACAGCUACUAGAAACGAGUAAUUUAGAACUAAGUCGUAAAUUCGGUUCCAAGAAGCAGAAAAAACGGAUGGAACAGCGCGAAAAAUUAAAAAUAAACGUAGAAACGAUAACAGCGCAAGUCGAGAAAGCUACAGAAAAAAUAAGUGAAGAUCAACUGGAUUUAUCAUCUUACGAUAAUGGGACCCUGCCUGAUGAUUUCUACUUACCGCCAAUCGACCGAAAAGCGACUCGACUUGACGACGUUUACGAUAUCAACAAAAUUUUAACAGAAGACGAGAUUGAAACAAUAUCAUCCGAAAUCGCUGAGAAAGAUUACAAAUCGGAAAUGUCUCCGACGAUACUGAGUAUGAUAGAAAAGAGUAAGUCGAAAAUAAAUAAAGUACUCGGUCUGUACGCAUCUUGUUUAAUAAAGUUCUUUCUGACAUCUGCGAAAGAAAUGAAGUUGAAAAGUUAUGCAGCAUGUAAGUGUUCGCAUACACUGCACAAAAUUAUAAUGAAGAACUUUACGUCUAUGACAAAAGGACAAACAGUGAGAUUACCGAACUUUAAAGACAAAGCAUUUUGUCACACAAUCGUGUUUAUAUUCUUAUUAAAUAACUAUAAAUGUUCCUUGAUGAAUAUUUGUGAGGAAUUUAAAAUGACUCAAGCAACAAUACUAAAGAAACUGAGGAUUAUUGGCGCGACUGUUGUAACGUCUGGUGGUGCGAAGACAGUGCAAUUGAAGUAUCCAUUGAACUUUAAACCGAUGUACAGGCGGAAGAGUACUAAGUUUUAAAUGUAUUUAGAUAAAUUAUAUUUUAAAUUUUAAUACCUA